GUAAAUUGUACCCAAUUGGUACAGCAGCAAGCCAUAUAAUCAAAAAUUGAAUUGAAUUCUUGAUUUUCCAAAUUUCUGAGAUCUUGAUUUUUAUUUUUUUACACUGGUAAAAUAUUGUUAGCUGUUUAUCAAAAUGUUCAACGUUACGUCGCGUUUAAUUAAGUUGCCAAAGGAAGUAACAAUAUUAAGGAAAGUGCCACAAUUUGCUACUGCAGUUGUUUGCAAUCAAUCACCUAGCCAAAGAUAUUAUUAUAGUAACAAAAAUCAGAACAAUGAAGGUUUGCGACGAUUUUCAUACAAAUAUUUGUUAUAUUCGGCACUAUUUGGUGCUACAGCAUAUACCUCAUAUAAGAUUUGGUUAAGAUAUCAAAUAAUUCCUUCAAUAACAGCUGCUGAAGAGAUUGUAGAAACUGAUUCGGAAUGUGAGGUUGACACCAGAAAGAAAAGAUAUAGAAAAGAAAAGAUUGGUUUUAGAGACAGAAAGAUAAUUGAAUAUGAAAACCGCAUGCGCCAAUAUUCCACACCGGACAAAGUAUUCCGGUACUUUGCCACUCUUCAAGCUCAGCAUCAUGAUCAGCAUGAGGUCUUCAUGACACCUGAUGACUUUCUGCGCUCCAUGACGCCUGGAGUUAAACAACCUGAUGGUUUAGGACUUGAUCAAUACAGAAGAUAUGAUCCGAAGAACAUCGAUGAGGUGCAAUCGUAUCUUUCGGACUACACUAUAAGCCAACGCCUCAACUUGGAUCUGGACGAGGAUUCCAUAUUCUACAAACUGGGUUCGUCCGGUCUUAUCACCUUCAGCGACUACAUAUUCCUGCUGACAGUUUUGUCAACGUCUCGUCGCCACUUCGAAAUUGCGUUCCGCAUGUUCGACCUGAACGGUGACGGCGACGUGGACUGCGAGGAGUUUGAGAAGGUGGCCGCGCUCAUCCGGCAGCAGAGCAGCAUCGGCUCGCGGCACCGUGACCACGCCAAUACUGGCAACACGUUUAAGGGUAUAAAUUCAGCACUUACCACAUAUUUCUUCGGACAAAAGCUCGACGAGAAAUUGACUAUAGAGAAAUUUCUGGACUUUCAACAACAGCUGCAGAAAGAGAUUCUCUCCCUGGAGUUUCAGAGAAAACAACCAGAUGAGAACGGUCGCAUAACCGAGGCAGACUUCGCGGAACUGUUGUUGGCGUACGCCGGGUACCCCGCUAAGAAGAAGGCGAGAAUGCUAAAGCGCGUUAAGAAAGCGUUCCGAGACCACGGCGUCGGUAUAACAAAGGACGACUACCUGAAAUUCUUCCACCUUCUCAACAACGUGAACGACGUGGACACUGCGCUCACGUUCUACCACAUCGCGGGCGCGUCCAUCGACCAGCCCACGCUGCGACACGUCGCCAAGACCGUGGCGCACGUUGACCUCGACCCGCACGUCGUCAACGUCGUCUUCACAAUCUUCGACGAGAACAUGGACGGACAACUGAGCAACCGCGAGUUUGUGGCCGUGAUGAAGAAUAGGCUUCUGCGAGGAUUGGAGAAACCGAAAGACACUGGCUUCGUUAAACUAAUGUAUUCGCUCAUUAAGUGUGCGAGGGACACUAAACCCGCAAUUCUUGACUUUUAAGGUAUGAUAACAGAAAUCACGUUUUUUUGACCGCGGAAUUCAAAUUAGAGAAUCAAUAUUAAAAAAGGAUAAGUAUCUAAGAGUAUUUUUUUUUCUAUGCCGUAUUAUGUUCUUGCCUUUUAAGCUUACCUUUCAAUAGUGUAGUUUUGCAUAUUUAUUGCGAUCAUUUUUGUACUAUUUUUUAUUAAAAUCGUAUAUCUGGGUGAAAAACACAUUAUAGGUAUUUUUAAUUUUUUAUAACAUCGGAUUUUUUGUAACAUCCAUGGCAGGCGGCUUAAAACCUUGUUGUUUGAAAGUCCGUAAGAGAGGCCAUAUUAUAUGAUAGGCCUACCUAAAUCUUGCAAGCACUCGGAACCCACGCCGCAUAUGACUGGGACAAGACGCCUCUCUCACAGUACACUACCUCUGCAAGAUACUACAAGAACGGCCUUCUCUCUUUUUGGGAAAAACCUUAAUCUUUACAAGAUAGAUUAAAAUAAAAUUUAAUAAAAAUUACGUUAAGGCGUCGAAUAUUCUUUUUGACUAUCCUUAUAUUGUUGCUUUUUCGUAACACGUAUAAAGAUGAGUUUAAAAGCGAAACUUUAUCGAAAUAUCGAAAAAACUUCGUACGUAUUCAUUAAAGACUAUUCACGUGGUCAAGGUGCCAGCUUUUACAUAACUGAGUUUAAUAAUAUAAGGUCACCAAUUUUCGAGUAUCAUUAUGUUUCAUUAAGCUCUCUAAUUUAAUUAAAAUAUGUACAAUUUACACUAUUAAAAUAUGUAAAUUGUAAGCACUAGUCACGAAGAUCAAAUUAUCUUAGCAUAGGUAAUAAUUAAUAUUGUGAGAAAUUAGCUUACUACACAAAAUAUUAUAAUGUUCAUCACAAUAACAAACUGUUUCGUUAAACCUAUUAUUAAUAAAAUAUGUUUUAUACAUACAUUAUUAUGUAUAAAAUCAAGUGUUAUUUAGUUAUCUUAUUAUCAUCCUUAAAUAAGAGUAUUUAUGGAUAUUCUUUAUAUAAUUAAUAUUAAGUAUAUAUUUUUUGUAAAUAUUUUAAAAUGACUUUAUAGCUUAUACUAAUGUAUAGUUUCACGUUUGUUUAAUUCAUACAUAAAUAUGUAUUUCAAAUACAUAAAAUCUCCAUUUAAAUUCAAGUAAAUACAAUUUGAUUUUGCAUGCCAUGAUUUUGCCAGAAAACUAUAUCUGUGUUCAUCUAGUCGUCGUAUUAAUGAGAUAUACCACCACCACCACCAAUAUAUCAUUCUAUUUAAGAAAAGUAACAAAUCAAUUAAUAUUAUAAUAAGAAAAAACAUAUACAGGAUGGUCGGGAGUAUUUCCCAUAACACUAGGGUUAUAUUCUUUAACAAAAAAUAAUUUAAAAUGUUUGAACAUUUUAAAUUAUUAGUUGGAACAUUUGUUCUUAAGAAGAGAGUCUUGGAGUAAAUAAUGUUUCUUUUGUAAAUAGAUCUUAAAAUGUGUUCCUUAUACGCAUCCUUAUAAUGAUGACCAAACUUAUUCAUUGAUUAAAAUGACAUAACAUGGAUAGACACGAAUUAUUUGAAUUACUUUGUAUGAAAACAUAAAAACUUUUUUUUUACUUAAUAAAAUAUUAGUUAAGCAGUUCGGUUCCUAUAAGUUACCUCGUCAACACUUUGAAGUUAUGGGAAAUACUCCCCAGUACCCUGUAUAAUUCAGUUUCUUUUUUAUAAUUAUUGUCAUCGAUUUUUACUAUCAUUUUAUUUUAGUGAAUUAUUUGAUGGCAUUUUAACAGUUACAAUAUUCCGUAAAAGGAAUAAAUAAAAUGUUAUUAGUUAUAACCAAAAUAAUGUAAUCGAUUGUGGACAUUUGGUAUUACAGUAAUUAAUAAUUAAAUUAUUAUGUUAAUUAAUAUUUAAAUAAUAUCUUAGUCAUCUCUUUUGUGUUCAUAGGUUUAAGAUUGUUUACAGGUGCGUUGAUAAUUUUAUCACGAAAGUCGAAAUUUAUUUUAAGGACAUUUAUUACAUAUUUUUUUGUUUGUAUAUUAUAAUAUAAGAGAAAUGUUAAAAAUAAAAAAAAACAAUUAUU